AUGAAUCAACUGAAAAAACAUAUCUCUGUUAAAUGCAUCAAUUUUAACACAUAAUCUACUAAUACACGCUCUAGAAGUAUUUCAAACCAAGUAUCCAAGAAUUCAACAGAUAGGUCUAGAUCUGUAAGCAAACAAUGCCCAGCCAUUAAGUUGCCUGUGCCAGUAAAGAAUUCUGAAACGACAUCAAUGUCAAAUACAAAAUAGGUAUCUAAAUUAGGAAAGAUAAAAAUUGAUCUCGGGAAUAAUGCGACAUCACGCAGUUAAUAGACUACUUAAAAAUCUAGAUCAAGUAGCUAAAUAAGCAAAGAAGAGUCGUUUCCGAAAAUGCUUCCAGAUUUUGGGAGAAUGGAAACUGAAUUGCUUGAUUGUUAGGAUUUUUUUCUGCAAUUACCUGAAAUACACUUUCCAACAAAUGAAGAAGUGAUGAAAGAGAGAGUAAUAUUGGCAAAUAGAAUCGCUCAUACGAUAAAGACUAAGAAGCGAAUUCCUCCCUCAACGCCUGAUUUUUAUAAGGUACCGAAUCUCUAACCUUAGUAAGGCAAAGGAGCCUUUGCUAAAGUGUGUUUAGGAAUACAGAUUUUGACAGGUGCCAAAGUAGCCAUGAAAAUAAUUGAAAAAUCAACUUUGAAGAGUGAAAGUGCUAAAAAAAGAUUGUUGUUAGAAAUAACAAUUAUGAAAAUUUUAUCCCAAUACAAAUAGUUUGCAUAAUUAUAUGAAGUAUUUGAAACAAAAAAACAAAUCUACAUCAUAAUGGAGUAUGUAGAAGGUGGGGAUUUGAUGAAAUGGACCAAAGAGAAACCCAUCCCAGAAAUCUAAGCCAAAAAUAUCUUUGCUUAAUUGACAUUGGCUCUUUAAACUCUCCAAAGUCAUAAUAUCUUACACAGAGAUAUCAAAUUGGACAAUAUCUUACUUUAAGGAGAUUUGAUCAAGAUAUGUGACUUUGGAGUUAGUAGACAGAUUAUAAAGGGGCAGAAAAUAUUAGAACAAUGUGGGACACCAGCCUAUUUAGCACCUGAAAUAAUAUUCAGUAAAAUUGGAUAUGAGGGAUUUGCUAGUGAUAUUUGGAGUGCUGGAGUUCUUCUCUACAUUUUGUUAGUUGGUAAGGUGCCUUUCAAAGGAAACAAUAUGAAUGAAUUGAAUCAUAACAUUUAAAAUGGGCAAUUAAAUUUCAUUGAGAUGAAGAAACAAAAUUUAUCAAACGAUUCAGUUGAUUUAAUUAAAUAGAUGUUGAAUGUUAAUCCAAAACUAAGAAUAACGUUAACUGAAAUUAUGAAUCAUCAAUGGCUGAAAGAGAUAAAUAUUAAAUAAUAAAAACAACAACCAAACAGUACGAAUUUAGAUUUAAGAGUGAUUUCACAAAUUGAAUAAUUUGGUUAUUAAAGGGAAUUCAUCAUAAAAAGCUUGUAAAAGCAAACAUUUUGUCAUAUUAAUGCCAUCUAUUCAAUAUUAACCAGUGUAUAAAAAUGA